UAUUUGACAUAUAUCCCUCGCAAUUAAGUCACUUUCGAUCUGUCCUAGCCUUGUCAUCACGUACUAGAUCUCUCAGCUCGACCUAGAACGUUAACCCGGCCGCAAAAGCCCAAACACCAACCUCGCUCUCUCCUUCUCAGUUAGCUCUAUCAUAUCUCGAUUCUCACUCUCUCCUUCAUCUUCUGACUUUCUUCAUCAACCUUAGUCUCUACUUCGGCUUUCACAUCCAGAUUAAUGGAGCUCUGCAGCGACUAGUAGAGCUAUUUUCGAUUCGGAUAUUGUAGACGGCGGCGGAACGGUGAAGGUUCAUUGACUCUUGUCUUGGUGUUAGUUUGCUUUGGAAUUUUGUUGAAACAGACGAAAAGAAAAGAAGAAGAAGAGGAGGAAGAAGAGAAGAAGAAGAGGGAGACGGGAAGAAAUUGAUGCUCAAUUCCAACAGAAAUUGAGUAAACUGAUCAUCCUAGGUAUAAGGCAAGGACAACAGCUGCUCUCAAAGUUCCAGAGUUUUAACUUGAGAGUGAUCCUCUGUCUAUUUAUACUCAAAUAUGUAAUAGUGCGUUGCUAAGCGUUAUGUUGACUUUGGAUUAUAGCUUAUAGGCGCUGAUCUUAUGUCAAUACUUGGCCUUUACAAAUUUGUUCAGGGAAACUUGGUGGAACAAAAGGAUUUGCGAAGGAAGGCUCACUGCUAGUACUAGUAUAGAGAAAAACAGAAGGCUUUUUUUCUGUAAAUUUCUGGUCAUGGCUCCAUCUGCAAGCACAUCGAAAGUUGCUAGAUCUAUAGCCUUAAGGAUAAAGGCGGUGCAGAUGAAACGUAGUAGAAAAACCGUAUCUGAACCACCUAUUACUUCUCCAAAUCGUAAACCUGCUACCCCCAAGAAAGCUGAAGCAAGACUGACAGAAGCCAACAAGGCUACCCUCCCUAGGAGAAGUCCGCGAAAACAUAAAGCUACUCAGUCCAGCAAGGAUGCGUCCGCCAGGAGAAGUAUGCCACCGCCUAAAGCAGGAAAUUCCAAGAAGGCUGUGGCAGCAAAGAAGUCAUCGUCCGGUCAUAAGUCUGCAACGAGCAAGUCAUCAGAGGAUUCGGAUGAUGAUGAUGAUAACAUCACUGGUGGAUUGAGGUUGCUUAAGCGAGGGAUGGUAACCAUGAAUAAAAUUACUAGGCGACUGAUUCGAGGAAAGAAGCUAAAGGUGAAUUCUAAUGCUGAUGGGGAGCCAAUUGGGAAGGCAGCUAAGGAGAUGCAGUCAUACAUUGGGGUGUUGGCACGCACCAAGAUCCCAAUAUCUAUAAAUGAUUGGAGAAAUGUGCCUUUGGAUGAAAAAGACAAGAUUUGGAAUAGUAUUCAGGAUGCUUAUGUGGUGCCAAAAGAAUGGAAGAAAUUGGUGAUUACAUCAGCCGGCCAUAAAUGGAGAGAGUUCAAGAGCAAACUAACGAACUGGUAUAUUAUUCCCUAUCUGGAUUCUCCUAAACUUUUACAGUUCCCUCCAGAUGAUUAUCGAUCCAUUGAGGUAUCUGAAUGGAAUACGUUCGUGGCUGAUAGAACUUCACAACAAUUUCAGGUUUGUCUAAUACCAUACUUGGACAAUGCAGUUGUGGAACAGUUUAUGCAUUAUUAG